AAUGAAUAAAGAGACAUGAGAAGAUAGAGAAAUAUUAUUAUGAAUAUUAAAAACGUUCUAUACUUUUGUAAUAUUAUUCUAUGGAAUAGUUUUUUCAAGUUUAUAAUAUCAUUCGAAAAUAAUAAUUCCAAAAUUACUAAUAAGUUGACAUUAUUACUCUUUAAUAAUUCUCUUUCCGUGAAUGAUGAAAUAGAUAAUUUAUUUGUUAAAUCUUUGUGGUAUAUAUUCGAUUUAGAACAAUUUACAAGAAUGAAUUAUAUUCGCUUAUAUAUAAAAAAUUUUAGUAAGUAUUUAUCACGAAAAAAUAUUAGUUUUGUUAUAUUUCAGGAAAAUAAGGAAAAUAGUAAUUCGUCCCUUUUGUUUGUAAUAAUUUGUAGAUAACGAAACGAAUAACAUAAGUUAUCUCUUAAGCAUUCAAGAUAAAAUAUCAAAUCUUGACAAUUUAAUUGAUAAAAGAGCAAUUACACAAUUUUGUAACGUUAUAUCGAAUAUAGAUGAAAAAACUUUAAAUAAAUGCAAAUUGAGAAAAAAUAUCGGUCGAUAUUUAAUAAUCAACAGUUUAAAUAGUAGAUUAGAAAUUUCAUGUAUUAAAUUUUCUUCCGAAAGAGAGAACACUAAAGGUAAUUAAAAUUAGCAAUAUAAUUAUUUCUAUUUUUACACUAUAUAAUAUAUAUUUCUAAUUAUAUUAAUCCUUUUCAAGGAGGUGUUAUAAUUCAAACAAUUCUGUUGCAAAAUUUUGGUUCCUUAUGUAGACACUGUAAUUCCCCUAAUGCUAAAAUGGUUUUUGCCUUGCAUAGAAAUUUAACAACUAGGAAUUCUGUCUUACACGACAUUUUAUUUUUGUCACCUUUGAAAAACUCCUCACAAAGAGUCUUUUAUGAUAGAAAAUAUCAAAUAAAAAGUGUAAUUUCGAAAGAGUUACUAACACUUAAAUUUUCUUCCUGUAUCAUACCAAAACAAAAAGUAAAACUUUCAAUCUUAAAUAAAGCAACCAUUGAGGAAGAAAUUCAGAUAUUGAAAGAGAGAAUUUUACCAUUAAUAUUUAAUUUGCAUAUUACCUGCUCAAAUUUUACAUACUAUGAAUAUUCAUAUAAUAUGUUUGACUUGCAAAACAUGCAAAAUAUAAAUUCUUUAUUGAUUAUUUUCAAAGAGAAAAGUAAAAUCGAAAAUUUGGUAAUUUUUGUUAGUAAUAGAUCAAAGGUGGUGGGAGAAAAGGAAAUUAGAAAAUGCGUUCAGGUAAAAGAGUAUAGCGAUUUAUAUUUGCUUGUAAAUUGUGCUAAUAGCGUUAGAGGCAAAUACCUUUUUCUAAGAACUUCUCUUCCUCGAAAAUUUGUACCCCCAUGUAAAAUAGAAUGGUUCCCUUUUAAGUUUCAUUCUACUUUAUAUUUCAAUAAUACCACACAAUCUCAAAUGCGUGUUAUCAAUUCAAUAAAAUUAUUAAAUGUAAGAAAGAGAAGAAAAAGGACAAUCGAAUCGUCCUUAUUAAAACAUAAAACGGAAUCUUGUACUGAGAUAAUUGUAAAGAAUAAUCUUCAAGGGCAUUGGAGAAGUGGGACUGUACAUUGCCUAGAAACUAAUGAAAAUUUAAUAUCAGGUAGACCAUGUGUCAUUUUUGAUUUGUCAGACACAAGAAAUAUAGCCUCUUUAUCCAUUGUGACAAAAGAUUAUCCGGUUCCUAAAGUAAAUGUUGCCAUUUUCAAUAACUUUUCUUCUGACAUAAAUGAUAGUAUAAUUUGUCAACAAAUUUCGGAAAAAUCUAAAUCAGGCUUAUUCAACUGUGGCGAAAAUACGCUGGGCCGUUACGUCGUCCUUUUUACGGACGAUCCAUCAUUAGUUCUUUGUGAAAUGACGAUAAACAACAAAAUGUUUGAAAAGCCAAUACCAUUCUCCCUCGAAAAAGAUAAGAAAGCCAAAUCAUUUCUAGAAUCAAUAGGAAAAGCUGUUGAUAAAAUUCUAUUUUCAAGAGAGACUAUUCAUUCGAAGACAAACUUGAAAAAAGAGAAUUCAAUAAAGGCUAAAUAUAAUACGUCUAUUGCUGAUUAUUUUUCACUAGACGAACUAACUGAAGAUUUAUUAGAAUUAGGAAUAAAUAGAGCUAUGAAUAGGCCGUCCUAUCAGAAAGAUUUUACAAAAACUAAUCCAACCGAUCCAAAUUUGGCCAAUGAUGGUAUAGUUAACACUUGCACCUUUACAAAUUACGUUGAAAAAUCUUAUAAUUAUCCAUGGUGGAUGGUACAACUAGACGACGACACAAUAGUGGAAAAGGUUGUUUUAAUUAGUCAACGUAAGUGAUCCUCUUCAUAAGAAUUUUAAAAUAACGUUUAUUCACCUUCCUGUUAAAGGAAAUGAAAUAGCUCAUAUGUCAGCUUUCCUGCAUGCCAAAUGGCCUAUCAAUAAUAAUAAUAACCAUGUAGAAAAGGAUGAUAAUACUGUUCUAUGCUUUAGAGUUAAUUUGUGGAAAGGUGUUAAAUAUUCUAAAAGAUGCUAUAAUCCAAUCAUUACUCAAUAUUUAGUUGUUAAAACACUUCGCACGCAAUUAAUGAUUUGUGAAGUGCAAAUAUUUGGCAAAGAUGUUGAUACACAAAAUUUUAACAAAUAUAAAUUGCAGACAAUCUUAAGAAAGACGAUGAUUGUUAAUAUUACAACCACCUCAUUCCCAGGGAAAAUGUACACAUCAAGAAAUCUUGCUUUUGGUAAAAAAAUUUUUACUGGUGAAAACGUAUCAUACCAGUCUUCUGACACUGGCCCGCAGAAGGCUAUAGAUAAUCUACUAUUUACUUGUACAAACCUGGAGUUUCUAGAUUAUCUCUUUGCCUGGAUAGCUAUUGAUUUACAAAAGAAAAAAACUGUUGCUCAGAUAAGAAUAAAAAAUAUAGAUGUUAUUAGUAAUCAAUUUUCCGCUUUUAUGACUGACAUUGUUAAAUCAUUACUCGAUAAAAAAUUUUCAUUAAAUGGUGACGCCUGCUAUAAAGAAAGAAAAUCAAAUACUAGAGAAAUAGAGGGUAUUUGUAUUACACCAGUGUCAGGCGUUUAUGCCGUAUUAUUGUCCCAUACUCCUUUUCUAACUAUUUGUGAAGUAGCAGUGUUUCAGAAAGUAUUCCAAAGUAUAAAAAAAUAUUGAGUAAAUGUUAUCUAUUACUUAGGUUUAGUGAAAAGAUAAUAUUUAAACAGGAUAUAGGAGAGGGACAUUAUCCUUGAAUUUGUUACUAGGUCAUGAUGCAUUCCAGUCUAGUACAGUUGAUGGUCAAAAUGCUGGCUUGGCAAUUGACGGUUUUUUAAAUACUUGUAGUGUAACUGAAUAUGAUAUUAGCUCUUCAAGAAAAACAGGAGCUUGGUGGUUUGUAGAUAUUGGAAGGAUAGCUAGUAUUAAACGAAUAGAGUUAAGAAGCGGUAACAUAUCUCACUAUUUUUUUUAACAAAUAUAUGAAUGACUUUAUAUGAUAUAACUUUUAAAGAGCAGGGAUUUUCUCUUAGCAUAAUGGUAGGACUAAGCGAAUUAAAUCCACCGACGAAUAAUAUGUGGCCACGUUUUAAAGAUAUAAUUCAAUGUUACGUCAAACACAAUCUACAAGCUUUAAAAACUGUUGACCAAAUUUGUACUAAUGAUGCAGUAAAGGGUCGAUAUUUGAUUGUUACAACUACAAAUACUCAACUUGAAUUAUGCGAAGUGAAUGCUUUCGAAAUAGAUAAUAUACCAGAGGAUUUAAAUAGAACGAACAUAGAAAGAAAUGUAUUAUUCGGAGAGAGACUCAUUGAUAUGGACGAAAUGAGAUUAGUUACUCAUUUAACAGAUGGAAAUUAUGAUACGUGUUUAUUAACGAAUUCAAUGAGAUAUUUAAUCAACUUGGAGCGCGGUCUACCUGUUAAAACUAUAUUGUUCGUUACUAGAUCUUUAUUAACAAAGAAAGAAGAGGAUAUCCGCCUCAGCACGUUCUCUGAUCUUCCAAUAAGCCUUAAUGAAACUAAUUUAAGAACUCAAACAAAAUGCAUACCUCACUCUAUAAAUGUUUUAGUGGACUCUAAUAAUUUCGUUUUAACAAAUAUAACUUGUGAGUUUACGCUGCAUGGCUAUUGGUUACUUAUUAAAUUUAACAGCGCAUAUAAUAAAGAAAUAUGUGAAAUACAAGCACAUUCGGAA